UUAUUCUUCCUCAAACAACCACUAAACUCUCAAUUAUCACAAAUGAUGCAAUAAUAACAUAAACAAAGGUAUCCUUCCCUUCGUUAUCCUUGUGGCGGCACUACAGGAAGGAAUAUAAUAAGACUGACACUCGUUCGUUCCUUCUCCCCGGCCCAAACUGUCAUGCUGUCUGCCCCACUCCUUCAACCUGAAGAAAUUAUGGAGGCAGCAGAGGCACCAAUUCCCUCGGAAUCACUUUGGGAUCAGAUUACCAAAUUCACAACCAAGAUGAACGAGGCCUACAAAAGAAAACCAAUUCCUUACUGGAUUCUUCUUUUUCUCGGCAUCAUUGCAAUGGUGGUUGCAUUUCCUGCUUCCAGCAUUCUAUCCCGUGUUUAUUACGACAACGGUGGACAGAGCAAGUGGAUCAUAUCUUGGAUAGCAGUUGCUGGAUGGCCUCUAAUUGCGUUGAUAUUGUUUCCUACAUACUUCGUUACAAAAACCUUUCCGACUCCUCUCGGGUUAAAACUGUUUCUGUCUUAUGUCGUUUUGGGUUUUCUAAGUGCUGCUGAUAAUCUCAUGUAUGCUUAUGCUUAUGCUUACCUACCUGCAUCUACUGCUGCUCUUGUUGCGUCGUCGUCUCUUGUGUUUUCUGCACUUUUCGGAUACGUUCUCGUUAACAACCGAAUGAAUGCUUCUAUAGUGAAUGCGCUUUUUGUGAUAACUGCUGGACUGACCAUCAUUGCUUUGGAUUCAAGUUCAGAUAAAUAUGAUAAUAUCAGUAACAGUCAAUACAUAAUGGGAUUGGUAUGGGAUGUUUUAGCUUCUGCUCUUCACGGACUUAUUUUCGCACUCUCCGAGCUGGUUUUCGUGAAACUACUUGGACGAAGAUCGUUUGUCGUUGUUCUGGAGCAGCAAAUCAUGGUUUCGUUAUUUGCAUUUCUGUUUACCAGUAUAGGGGUGAUUGUAAGUGGUGAUUUUCGAAGAAUUUCAUCCGAGGCUACUAGCUUCAAAGGAGGUAAAAGUGCUUAUUAUCUUGUUCUCGUUUGGGGAGCGGUUACUUUUCAGUUGGGGGUUUUAGGGGCAACUGCUGUGAUUUUCUUGGCUUCAACUGUGCUUGCCGGUGUACUUAAUGCAGUAAGAACACCAAUAACAAGUAUUGCAGCUGUUAUUCUGUUGCAUGAUCCCAUGAGUGGUUUCAAAAUCCUAUCAUUGUUGAUUACCUUUUGGGGAUUUGGCUCAUAUAUUUAUGGCAGUUCAAUGGAUCAUAAACAAUCUUAAGAAUUGCUCCCUAAUUUGGGCUACAUUCAUACUCUCUUCAAAAAUUCUGAACAUUUGAGUAUAUUUUUAAUUCUGUGUGCAAGUUAGAGAGUUUUGAAUUGAACAUGCCAUAAAUUAUAUGAAAUUAAUUUGGAUA